GCACCGGAAUGCGUCUUCCUCAUCCUUAAAGGAGUCUGUUAGCGAACCAAAGUACAACAUAAUUUCUCUGUUCAGAGACUGGAUUAAAUCAUUAUUUCUGUUCCAGAGACCGAAUUAAAUUACACUUGUGCUUUCGGAGACCAAAUUAAACUUAAUUUGUGUCUUGAGAGGCUGUGAAUGGACCAUGGAGUGUGUUCCUGCUGUUCUAGAUGAAUUGGAUGGUAAAAAAGAGGCACCCAUAGAGGACCCCAAGUAUAAUGUGUACACGCGCUUCAUGAAAUCCCACCGCUGUUAUGAUCUAGUGCCCACCAGUUCCAAGCUUGUGGUCUUUGACACUUCGCUACAGGUGAAGAAGGCAUUCUUUGCUCUAGUGUCAAAUGGGGUGAGAGCAGCCCCUCUCUGGGACAGCAAGAAGCAAUGCUUUGUUGGGAUGCUGACCAUCACAGAUUUCAUCAAUAUACUUCACCGCUAUUACAAGUCUCCUCUGGUCCAGAUAUAUGAGUUAGAAGAGCACAAAAUAGAGACAUGGAGAGAGGUCUACUUGCAAGAUUCCUUCAAGCCUCUCGUGAGCAUAUCGCCGAACGCCAGUCUAUAUGAUGCAGUUUCAUCUCUACUGAAGCAUAAGAUCCACAGAUUACCUGUGAUUGAUCCACUAACAGGAAACACACUCUACAUUCUCACACACAAGAGGAUCCUCAAAUUCCUUAAACUCUUUAUAUCUGAGAUCCCAAAAUCUGCAUUUCUGUCACAAACACUGGAGGAGUUGGACAUCGGAACGUUUGACAACAUUGCCGUGGUGCACUCCGACACGCCGCUGUACACUGCUCUGGGAAUCUUUGUGGAUCAGAGGGUGUCCGCCCUGCCUGUGGUGGAUGAAAAUGGACGAGUGGUUGACAUCUAUUCCAAGUUUGAUGUUAUAAAUCUGGCAGCUGAGAAGACCUACAAUAACCUGGACAUCACUGUGACUAAAGCCCUACAGCAUCGCUCGCAGUAUUUCGAGGGUGUCCUCACCUGCAGAGCAAAUGAGACUCUUGAAGCCAUUAUCAAUAGACUGGUGGAGGCAGAGGUUCACAGGUUAGUGGUUGUGGAUGAGCAAGAAGUUGUAAAAGGCAUCGUGUCUCUCUCGGAUAUCUUGCAGGCUUUGGUGCUCACCAAUGGAGAUGACGGAACAGCUUGACCCAAGUAGAAAAGGCUGAAGGAGGAGGUCUUUCUGUCUUGCAUGAUUUCUGUGCAGCUGGAAAGACUGAUGGAGCACAUAGUAGUCAUCAGCCAUAUAACAGCUGUUUAUAAAGCACAACGCAUUUAUUAGAUAUUCUACUGCUCUGAUCAACAACAAAAAAAAGGCCUUUCGAAGAAAAAACUCUCACAAAAAUACAGCCCCAAAACAGUCAAAUAGGAAACAUCAUCAUCCACAAUUGUGUUGCAGAAAAUGACUGAAUCCAAAUAAUUUUAGCAGCUGAUGUGACAUCAGUCUGUCACGUUAUUGGCUGCUUUGUCUACACAAAAGGAAAAAAAAACAAAACAAUAGAAGUACAGGUGUAAGCAAAGCAGCUGUUUGGGUCACAAACGUUGUACCUAGAAAUAACGUACUUGUUACACAAGUCGUAAAGGUGUUCAAGUAUCACUGGAGAAGAAAGCUAGUGUUUAAAUCUAGAAUUAGAGACAAAAACAUUCCGUUGAUCACCAGCAGGUUUAUGUAGUGUGUUUUCGUUGGUAUCUCAAAGGGCAUUUUUUUUAAUUUUAUUUUUUAGUUUGACAGAGUUGCUCAUUUCACACAGGUAAGUCCUCUAAAGUAAUUUGACUGAAAUGGACUAUUUCUAAAUUGACACACACAGUCACUCCUUAGUUUUGUCUUAUGAAGAGGCUUGUGGUUUGUGAUCACAGGGGUCUCUCUGACUCAUUACCAGUGUGAAAAUCAAAAUUUAUUUUUAGUCCAGCACUAAGAGCCAUUUCUACUUACUUUACAAUGUGAAACGGAGCAAAGAUAUGGGAGUGCUUUUGUAAAAUUACAUUUUUUACUUUUAAUCAAUUCAUUUUCAUAUAAUCCGAAUCCCCAUAAACCACAUUGUUAAAAAAGGCAACAGUGCUCGCCCACUUUUUCAGCCAUCUUGGUUCGGUAUGUAUUUUCCCCAUUUGUUUCUUCCACAGGCAUUUCAUAAAGUACCUCAAAAAAAGAGUUGUAAGCCAUGAACCAAACCAACCAGCUCCAAGGUGUAUAACAACAUUACAAACUAUUAGAAAAUUGGACAAAAAGACAAUUAACAUCAUUGAUAAUGAACUACAAUCCUAUGAAGCAUUGUGAAUGAUGUAAUCAAAUGGAAAAACUAUGAAAUAAUAUACAAUGAUUAAUUUAAAAUGGUGAUUUUUAGUACAGAAACAAUAUAUUUCAAUUUUAUUGCAAAAUAUUCAUAUAUAUGCAAAUAUAAAAGCAGUUUGAGAGUGUAGAGAGACUCGAUUGUCUGUCACCUAACAGCAAUAUGAAAGACUUCUAGAGAGCAUGCCAAGAUGCAUGAAAGGUGUGAUUGAAAAUCAGGUUUAUUCCACCAAAUAUUGACCUUAACCCUUCCUUAGUUAAAACAUUACUAUUGUGUUGUUUUAAAAUGAAUAUGAACUUGUUUUCUUUGCAUUGUUUAAGGUCUGAAAACACUGCAUCUUUUUUGUUAUUUUGACCAGUUGUUAUUUUCUGCAAAUAAAUGCUCAAUUCUUUUUUUUUUUUUUUUUUUUUUGAAUUUGGUAGAAAUGUUGUCAGUGCUUUAAAACAAAAAUGCUCAUUUUACUCAAACACAUACCUAUGGAUUUACUAGUUAGAGAAACUGAUAAUUUUGCAGUGGUCUCUUAAUUUUGUCCAGAGCUGUAUAUCCAUAUGUUAUCAAGCAGAAUUGAUUUUGAUUUUCUUCUUAGUUGUUUUGGCUCUUACAUUGCAGAAUUGUGUUAAUGUAUAGUUAGUGCUUAAUGUUGCUACUGAUUUAAUUUCACUUUAGUUACUUCAAGAUCUACACUCGUUAAACAGCUCAAAAGACCGUCAUAAAUGUGUUGACGUUUGAAGUAUAAAUUAUAAAGUGAAGUUCAACAAAGGGACAGUCACAAGGAGUGAACAUAUCAAAAUAAUUGAGCAAAGCUGUUAUGAAACUUCCACUUGUGGAUUGCUUGCUGUAAAUGAUUGUGAAAAUCUCAUUAUUUUGAGGAUUGACUCAGUCUCAUUUUAAUGUUGUAAUUCAUCUGGGUUGAAGACUGGUUUGAAGUUUUUAAAACGACCAUUGAAACAUCAUAUUCAGAAUAUUUUUACAGGCCUGUUGUUUUUGUGCGUGUGGUUUUGGAUGGCUCGCACGUUUGUUUGUCAUUUUAAUAUCGUAGCCAGGCUUGCUAUGGAAAAAAGAUCAAUUUCACCAUGUUACUGUAAAAUAUUUAGCUGGUCUUUCUCUCUAAUAAUUUGACAAAUUAUAGAAAUGUAAAUACACCUGAACUGUUUUCUUA